AUGUUCGAGCCACUGCUCUCGUUCUGCGAUGAUGCGGAUCAGUGCAACUCGUCAGGGGAGCUCCUGCUGAAUCAAACAUUCGACGAGGAGGAUGAGGAGGAGAUGCUGGCGGAGAAGCCUUCCUUCUGGAACGAGUGCAUGCAGGAGAUCGUGGCGCUUCAACGGCGAAAUGAGCGAAGCAAGCGAGAGCUGCAGGCAGAGCGAGACAAGAGCCAACUCUUGUCGAGACUCACGUGGGAGGUCUCGUCAGUCUCGCAUGGCAAUGCUCCAUCCUUCAUGGCCUACAUCCGAUUCUUUCAGACGUACCGCGUCGAACGCUGGGUCUCAAGCUACGCGUUCUCGCGAUGGAAGGAGAAGAGCAGGCGCGCGAGAGUCUCGGAGAAGGCGGACAUGAAUGUGGCUCUGCUUGCAGGCUUGGCACUGCAUGGCGCGAGUGCGACGUCUGAGAUGGGCACGGAGCAGGCGGCAGACCCUCCGCCUCUGGACUCGCUGGCUCCGGUUUCACUCCCUCCUAUGCAGCACCAUGGCACGCAUGAGCAGACUCGCCUGGUCCUCCUGGCGGCGACGUCAGCUCCUCGACCUGUACCGAUCGUUCCGUGA